AUAACAGCAAUUAGUGGUAGUGGUAGACAGUUGACAUCUAGCUUUACGUUUAUAGUAGAUCAGAAGUACAAAGAGCAGCUUGUGUGUCAAUUGGACACAGGAGCAACUUGCAAUGUGAUCAGUCACAGAUGCGUGGUUCAAUUACUCCAGAAUGGUGAUCCCCCUUUACGUAAGUCCAACUCACAGCUCAGGCUAUUUGAUGGUACUUUAAUAUUGCCAGUAGAAGAGGUUACCCUCAAAGUAGAGAGAAAAGGCAACCGCAGGGACCUGAGAUUCCAAGUUGUUAACAGUACUAACAAACCUCUACUAUCAGCUGAGACUUGUGAACAGUUAGAGCUUCUCAAGGUUGAAUUGGAUCCAGAGGAAUCUAUUCAUAGUGUUAAGAACAGUCUCCUGACUAGAGAUCAGAUUUGAGAGAUUACAGUGGCGUGUUUGAAGGGUUGGGCCAUAUUGGAAAUACCAAGCCAGUGCAGCACUCUCCUCGUUGA